AUGAACUGGGGGGCCUUUGAGGACCUCCUGAGCGGGGUCAACAAGUACUCCACGGCCUUUGGGCGCAUCUGGCUGUCUCUGGUCUUCAUCUUUCGUCUGCUGGUGUACCUGGUGACGGCCAAGCACGUGUGGAGUGAUGACCACAAGGAUUUCGACUGCAACACCCGCCAGCCAGGCUGCACCAACGUCUGUUUCGACGAGUUCUUCCCCGUGUCCCACCUGCGCCUCUGGGCCCUGCAGCUCAUCCUGGUCACGUGCCCCUCGCUGCUGGUGGUCAUGCAUGUGGCCUACCGCGAGGCCCAGGAGAAAAAGCAGCAAGAGGCAGCUGGGAACGGCACCAGGCACCUCUACCUGAACCCGGGCCAGAAGCGGGGUGGGCUCUGGUGGACGUACGUCUGCAGCCUGGUGUUCAAGGCAGGUGUGGACGCUGCCUUCCUCUAUGUGUUCCAUUCAUUCUACCCCAACUAUACCCUCCCUCGUGUGGUCAAGUGCCAGGAGGCUCCAUGUCCCAACGCUGUGGACUGCUUCAUCUCCAAGCCCUCGGAGAAGAACAUCUUCACGCUCUUCAUGGUCAUCACCGCUGCCGUCUGCAUCUUGCUCAACCUCGUGGAGCUGGUCUACCUGGUGAGCAAGAGGUGCCACGAGUGCCUGACAGCGAGGAGAGCCCAGGCCACAUCCGUGGAGCAUCACCCGGACUUUGCCACCUCUUCCUGCAAACCAGAUGACCUCCUUCCAAGUGACCUCAUCUUUCUGGAUUCAGACACUCACCCUCCUCUCUUACCUGACCACCCUCAAGACCAUAUGAAGAAAACAGUUCUGUGA